CGCAAACAUCAAACGUAUCCUUCUCCAUUCACAUUUUGUCGAACCGAUCCUUUCAUAAGAGGAUUAUCGGGUGAAUUUUUGAAAUAAGCUUAGGUUUUUUCCCUUUUGGAAUUUCCUGAGAGCUGUUUGGAUAAAAUACAGCAAAUCAGCAAAAAUCUUGAAUUUUUGAAAUUUUCGUUGCUUAUAUACUUGAGCAUCCAUUUUACAUUCUUUUAUAUUGGCUGUGAAUAGAUUUAAAAGUACAUUCUUUUUCUUAUAUUAAAAAAACCGAAGGUUUGUAUUCGUUUGGUCAAAGGAUGAGCGCCAAUUUUGAGAAAAUUGCUCAUGUCACCCGAGGCAUGCUGAAGGACCCUUCAAAAAAAUACAAGGCUUUUAAGGGUGUGCAUUUGCCUAACCGUCAAUGGCCCGGUCGUGUAAUUUCCAAGGCUCCCCGCUGGCUUUCCACCGAUUUGCGUGACGGUAAUCAGGCUUUGCCUGAUCCCAUGAAUGGCGAGGAAAAGCUGAAGUACUUUAAGCUUCUUUGCAACCUUGGUUUUAAGGAAAUUGAAGUUGGAUUUCCCAGUGCUUCCCAGACAGAUUUCGCUUUCGUCCGCCAUUUAGUUGAAACUCCUGGUUUAAUUCCUGAGGACGUCACUAUCUCUGCUUUGUCUCCAUCUCGCGAACAUUUGAUCCUUCGCACGAUUGAGGCUCUUCGAGGCACGAAGAACGCUACUUUGCAUUUAUACAAUGCAGUCUCUCCAUUGUUCCGUGAUGUCGUUUUCCGCAAUUCCAAGCAAGAAACUUUGGAGCUUGCGAAGAAGGGUGCUAGAGUUGUCACUGCCGCUACAAAACACGCUGCGGAGUCCACCCCAACCAAUUGGGGAUUCCAGUAUUCACCUGAAACGUUUUCGGAUGCAGAACCCGACUUCUCUCUAGAAGUUUGUGAGGCUGUUAAGUCCAUCUGGAGACCUACUUCCGCUCAACCUAUUAUCUUCAAUUUACCUGCUACUGUCGAAAUGUCUACCCCUAAUACAUAUGCUGACUUAAUUGAGUAUUUCUCUACUCAAAUCAGCGAGCGUGAAAAGGUUUGUGUGUCUCUUCACCCUCAUAACGACCGCGGUACUGCUGUAGCUGCUGCUGAACUCGGUCAAUUAGCUGGUGCCGACCGUGUUGAAGGUUGCUUGUUUGGCAACGGUGAACGUACUGGUAAUGUUGACUUGGUCACUUUGGCUUUCAAUUUGUAUACCCAGGGUAUUUCGCCAAACUUGGACUUUUCCAAGCUAGACGAAGUUAUUCGCAUCACGGAAGCCUGCAACAAGAUCAAUGUUCACCCCCGUCAUCCUUACGCUGGUAACCUUGUUUUCACCGCGUUCUCCGGCUCUCACCAAGACGCCAUUUCCAAGGGUUUGAAGGCUUAUGAUGAUCGUAAGAACGUCGACCCUACUUGGAAGGUACCAUACUUACCUUUGGAUCCCCAUGACGUGAACUCUGAGUAUGCAGCUAUCAUCCGUGUCAAUUCUCAAUCCGGCAAGGGUGGUGUCGCUUAUUUGCUGAAGACCAACCGUGGUCUUGACUUGCCUCGUGCCUUGCAGGUUGAGUUCGGUGCAGUAGUCAAGGAUUAUAGUGAUAACAAGGGUAAGGAGCUUACGAUUGGUGAAAUCAGCGACUUGUUCAACACUACUUACUUCCUUGAAUUCCCCGGUCGCUUCUGGUUGGAUGACUACACUUUGAGUAGUAAUGGCCCUCGAAGCAAGUCUAUCAGUUGCAUUGUUGAUGUUAAGGGCAGAAAUGCUGGUCGCUGUGUAAUUGAAGGCAGUGGCAAUGGCCCUAUGUCUGCCCUUGUUGAUGCUUUGCGUCGUCAAUUUAAUAUUGUCUUUGACAUUGGACAAUACUCGGAACACGCUAUUGGCUCAGGAAAUGCCGUCAAGGCUGCUUCUUAUGUUGAAGUCAAAGCAAACAACCGCUCCUUCUGGGGUGUCGGUAUUGAUGACGACGUUACUUCCUCGGGUUUGAAGGCUGUGAUGUCGGCCGUUAGUCGUGCGGCUACGGAAGCUGCAAAGUAAACCGAGCCUUCUGUACAUUUCUGGAACAAUAACUAACAAUAACUAAUUAAUAUACAUUUCUUAAACUGGAAUAUCGAUUUCUAUAAUUUAAUUCAAAACUCUAUGGAAGUUUUCGUGUGCAUAUGAUUUUGCCGCAGCAACAAGAAGAGUAUGGCAACAUGGGAGCUUCAAAAUAUAAUGAAGGAGGAUAAGGUCGAUUCUUAUCUAAUUUAUAGUUUUUACUUCUUUAUUUAAUUUUUUUUUAUUACUUAUUUUUUAUAUUGCUUUGCUCAAAAAAAAGUUAAUAGGAAGGUGGAGUGAUCAGUGUGCUAAUGUGAAUAGACAAUGACAAUCAAACAAAAAGUUGACAAAGUAUUAGGUGAUGGGUA